AUGGGAUAUCUUGGCUUGGUUGGGGCCCAGGAAAGCAGCUUCCGGACGUUGGCCGAGGAGGGUUUGCCGUGUGCUCAGCUCAUCUCCAGAGCGGCUGUCACCUCGGCAGCGCACAUAUUCGUGUUUCCGAUCGACCACUCGCCGCUGAGUGCUGUUGCGCAGGAGCAGCACCUGAUGCUCGACCUCCUUCACGUAUGCAUGGGAUACCAGGGAAACAGCAUACGAUUUGUGCAAGCAGAUGACACAGUGAAAUGGGUGCUAAAUGCUCGGUGCAGUGAGGGCCUGCGUAAUACGCUGGACAACGACGGAUGCCUGCCGCUGGCUACCGAGCUCAUCCUUCUUCAAAUAUGUGCCGGUAUAUCGCGUGGUCGCGUAGCUCUUGCUGUUGCCGGUGUUGCUGGAGGUUUUUUUCACACAGACAUUGUGCCGAAGCUAAUAAAUUUGGAGCGCGACUGCGUGUCGGGCAAGCAGACACAUUCGCUAACAGAAUUUGCCCUCACCAUGCGGCCAUAUGUGCUCGUCACGAAACACAUAAACAGCGUUCUGUCGGCGAUUAUUAAGAGAGACCUCGUUGGGGGCGAAAUAUUGACUUUACUCUUCUGCGAAAUGCAAAAAUGCUCCUCGAUGACAACACGCAAAGUGCUUGCUCAGCUUCAUGAUGCUGCGUGGUUACGGUAUAUCGAUUAUUUAAUUUCUUGGAUUUGUUGCGGAGAAGUCCACGAUUUUUGUCACGAAUUUAUGAUCUGGGACCUGAAACGUACUGGUUUAUUUUCGCGUUCUUGUUUACUGGGUGAAACUGAUGAAGCACACGAAGACGACAUUUUGAGCAGCUUCGAUAAACGAUACUGCGCUGUGAAAGCUCUUUGCCCAUCACAGCUGCUGCCUGUCUAUGACGAUAUCCUGAAAUGUGGCGUGUAUUUGAAAGUCGUUCGAAAAAUUCAAGGUAAAAAUGCGGCACACGAUGACGCAGUGCUUGCAGAACAGCAGAAAAGCAUGUGGAAGGAUAUAGAAGUUUCUGAUGUAGUGCAUCAAGUUAAACAGAUUUGUUUAUCAGCAAGCCAAGAACUGAUCAAACUCUUGCGUGAAAAAUUUGCAUUGCAUUUAUAUUUCGAGUUAUUUCACCAUUUUUUCUUCUAUUUUUCUCACUGGCACAUCCCUCUACUGGAUGUAUCCUGGGACCUUUUGUUUGGUCCACUUCAAGAUAGAUCUCUGGGGGAUCUGCAGAUUUUUUUCGAAGAAUCGUUGGAUUGUUCCACGAUACGAAUCGACAAGCAGCUUUGCAUUUUUCAGCCGGUUUUGGAGAAGCGUACUGUUUUUGCAAUGUUGCAUUUGAUUGAGCAAAAAUUGAGCCGAAGCAAUAAAGAGCACGUUUUCCACACGGCAAGAAGGGGCGUGGAUAUGCUUUCCGUUAAUGUUGCCGUCGAUUUGCCGCUUUCACUGGCUUUUCCCUUGCAGAUCGUGCUGCAGUAUAUCACGCUUUUCAGAAUUUUAUUCCAGCUUCACAGCGUCACUUUAUUAAUUUGCAGGAGGCAAACACAGGGUGGUUACUUGACACGAAAAGAAAGGUGUUUGCUGCAAGAAAUGUUUCACUUUUGGAAUGCUUACAAUGUGCACUGCUCUUUGCUUGUUAUCGCUUCCCAAUGGCCUAUUUUUAUGGCAAAAUUGUCAAAGGCAGAUAGCCUCGAGGACAUUCUAUCACUGCAAAACGCGUUUUUUAAUGGUACAGUAUCGCAGUGCCUCCUGCCCGAUCUGGAUUUCUUGAACCUGCUCUCGACUUUGCUGGAUGUUACUCAUGACUUUGGAACGGGUACAGCUGGCUACGAACAAUCAUACGGAAAGUGGAAAACUUGUUUGGAGGCAAUGGACGCUCUGUUGUUGAUGCAAAACAGUGAUAUCAGUGAGCAUUUGCGUGUGAGGUACGUCAAAUAUAUUUGGGAGGGGAGAUGUAAUGCGCUUUCUUUGGUUGAUCACCACGAAUGGUUGAUGGAUGAACUGUCAGGUGUGACGAAUGCAGCAACGUGCAAGUUGCGGCCAUUCCAGUUCUUCAUAUUCUAUCACCUAAUACUCCAUUAA